GUGAACAGAUCAUCACUGGAGAGAGAGAGAGAGGGGGGGUUGAUUUGACUGUGCAAGGAGGGAUGGAACGUGGCUUCCAUGGCUAUCGCAAGCUCCCCGGCAACGCCAGCCCUGGACCCGAAAUCAGCAUGACGGUCGCCGACGGAAACCUCGCUGCUGCUGCUGCUGCUGCUGCAAAUAGCAGCAACAACCAUUCGAAUGCGGAUGAGAACAGUGAGUGCACCGUGAGGGAGCAGGACCGGUUCAUGCCCAUUGCGAACGUGAUCAGGAUCAUGCGCAAGAUCCUCCCCCCGCAUGCGAAGAUCUCGGACGACGCCAAGGAGACGAUCCAGGAGUGCGUGUCCGAGUACAUCAGCUUCAUCACCGGGGAGGCCAACGACCGGUGCCAGCGCGAGCAGCGGAAGACCAUCACAGCAGAGGACGUCCUUUGGGCCAUGAGCAAGCUUGGCUUCGACGACUACAUCGAGCCCCUGACUAUCUACCUCCACCGAUACCGUGACAUGGAAGGCGACCGCGGGUCCCUGAGGGGCGAGCCCUUCAUGAAGAGGGCGGUCGACUACGGCAACUUGGGGGUUCCUGCUACUUUCACUCGGGGAUUCCCGAUGGCCGGCCCGGCUGGCCCCCACCCUGCUUACUUUGGAGCUCCGCCGAUGGGCGGGUAAUUCAAAGAUGGGAAUGCUAGCCAUGAGGGCUCUUCAAAUGGGGCUAUUGGAAAUGGUGAGGCUCGUGGCCAGUUCGAAUGAUGCAUCAUGUUAUCUUGAAUGUAGGUGGACAGUAACCUAGCUGUUUGAAUUCCCUUUUUUUUUUCCUUACCAAUGAAAGAAAGGUAAGUAGCUUGUUAACGGAGGAGGCUGGAGUCUUAUUGGAACUGAGUUUGGAGUGUAGAUUGUGGGAAAUAAAACAGUAACAUCUUGUCAUUUUCCUGACUUCAACUUGAAGCACAAGUACAAGAAAGACUUGUUUUGUUUUCUAGAGUACAACAUCU